GCGCUUCGCUGUCUCACAUUGGAGACCCCAGUUCGAUUCCUAGACGGGGUAAUUUUUAACAUCUCAGUCUUUCUGCUUGGACAUUGUAUCCCUCUCAACCCGGGUAGGCCCUGACAGAUAGAGUUGGAAACCCGCCUUCUAACUGAUCUAAAUUGGGUCGUUAAAACAUCUAGGGUCUUCAUUGAAAAAAAAAUUCAACUAGAUUCUAGGCCUAGGCUAUAAAACGGAAUCAUCGUUUAGGCCUAUUCAGAGAACUACGUGGCUGGAAGAUGUAAAACAUAGCUCUAUCUCGUGUCUUCCGGUGAAACGAAGAGCCACUGCUCAAGCUCCACUCCCAACUCCCAAGCGAAACUUCCGCUGGAUCCUUACGAGAAGGCGUUGACCAUCUUGAGCGUCUACAGUCUACUCUGCCUUCAAGACAGAUUGUUUACCUUCUAUUUUCUUUUUCUUUGGUGAUCUGGUAAGCGAACAUCAACGCUGAGGACCUAAAGCUUCGAAAAAGAUGGCAGGAAACGGUGGGUUUCAAGCAUCGUCAUAUGCAAAUGACAGACCACCGAGCUCGACCGGCAGUGGGGAUGGGGAUAUGAGUGCUGACCCCGCAAGCAGUGGCUUUUUCACAACUGAUUUUAAGAAACAUGAAGACCUGAAGACGAUGUUGGACAGCAACAAAGACAGUCUCAAGCUUGAGGCUAUGAAAAGAAUUAUCGGGAUGGUUGCUAAAGGCAAAGAUGCAUCUGAUCUUUUCCCCCCUGUUGUCAAGAAUGUUGUUUCCAAAAAUUUAGAGGUGAAGAAACUGGUCUACGUUUACCUGACAAGAUAUGCAGAGGAACAACAAGAUCUUGCACUUCUCUCUAUCAGUACUUUUCAGCGUGCUUUAAAGGACCCCAACCAAUUGAUCCGCGCUAGUGCAUUGCGAGUCUUGUCCAGUAUCCGGGUGCCUGUGAUCACCCCUAUCAUGAUGUUGGCCAUCAAAGAGGCAGUAAUGGAUAUGUCGCCGUAUGUCAGGAAGACAGCUGCUCAUGCUAUUCCAAAACUGUACAGUUUGGACCCAGAAACCAAGGAACAGUUGAUUGAAGUGCUUGACAGGCUGCUGGGUGAUAAGACCACGCUGGUUGCUGGCAGCGCUAUCCAGGCAUUUGUGGAGAUCUGCCCAGAGCGGAUUGACCUGAUCCACAAGAACUAUCGAAAGCUGUGUAACCUGCUGGUGGAUGUAGAGGAGUGGGGACAAGUGGUCAUCCUCAACAUGCUCACCCGUUAUUGUCGCACCCAGUUCGUCUCACCCAACCAAGAUGACAUACAAGAAGAAGAAGACCGCCCUUUUUAUGAAAGUUCUGAAAAAGAUUCUGACGAAGAAGAUGAGGAUGGUGGCGAGAAGAAGAAAACGGGAGCUUCAAAACCAGCACCGUACAUCAUGGAUGCAGACCAUAGGCUAUUGCUGAGACAGUCCAAGCCACUCCUGAACAGUCGCAACUCUGCAGUGGUUAUGGCUGUUGCACAGCUGUACCAUCACUGUGCCCCCAAGUCAGAAGUUGGAGUUGUUGCCAAAAGUCUUAUUCGUCUUCUGAGAAGUCACAAGGAGACUCAGUAUGUUGUUCUCAGCAAUAUUGCCACUAUGACAAACAAGAGAAGGGGAAUGUUUGAGCCAUACCUCAAGUCAUUCUACGUGAGAUCCUGUGACCCUCUGCACGUGAAACUUCUGAAACUGGAGAUCCUCACUAGUUUGGCCACAGAGACCAACAUUUCCACCAUUCUGAGAGAGUUCCAGACAUAUGUUACUAGCUCGGACAAAGACUUUGCGGCUGCCACCAUCCAGGCUAUAGGUCGUUGUGCCAGCUCCAUAGCAGAGGUUACGGACACCUGCCUCAAUGGUCUGGUUAGACUCAUGUCAAAUAGAGAUGAGGCUGUUGUUGCAGAGAGUGUGGUGGUUAUCAAGAAGCUGCUGCAAAUGAGGCCGUCUGAACACAAGGACAUCAUCUGCUACAUGGCGAAGAUGGUGGACAAAAUCACAGUACCCAUGGCCCGAGCCAGCAUCCUGUGGCUGAUUGGAGAGUACAGUGAGAGAGUGCCCAAAAUUGCUCCAGAUGUUCUCCGUAAAAUGGCCAAGGACUUUAUUAAUGAGGAGGACAUUGUGAAACUGCAGAUCCUGAACCUGGCGGUCAAGUUGUGCAUCACCAACCCCAAGCAGACCAAACUGCUGUGCCAGUAUGUGCUCAACCUGGCCAAGUAUGACCAGAACUAUGACAUUCGUGAUCGCUCGCGCUUCUUGCGUCAGUUUGUCAUGCCCUCAGACAAACCAUGUGCUUUGGCAAAGUAUGUGAAGAAAAUUUUCCUUGCCACCAAGCCCGCUCCUGUAUUGGCUUCCAAAUUCAACACUCAUGACCAGUAUCAGCUGGGCUCUUUGUCGCACCUGCUGAACAUGAAGACAACAGGCUACCAGGAUAUGCCUGAGUGGCCAACUGUUGCACCCGACCCUAGUGUGCGGAAUGUGGAGAUGCCCCCCGCCUGGCAGGACCAACGGGAACCAAUCAGAGGCAAGAAGCAGAAGCAGCCGAGCACUGAUCUCAAGUCCUUCUACUCCUCCAGUGAGGAUGAGGAUGACGAAGAAGAUGACAGCAGUGAAGAAAGCAGUGAGGAAGAUUCCGAUGAUGAGAAAGAUGAAGAAGAAGAUGAUGAGGAUUCAGAGGAGGAGACAGAGGAUGAGGAAGAAGCUUCAGAUUCUUCCAAGGAAAAUUCAGAGGAGGAAUCAUCUUCCGAGGACAGUGAGGACGAGGACUCUUCUGAGGAGGAGGACUCAUCCGAGGAAGAGGUUGUGGUGAAGAAACCUGUGAAGAAACAAGCUGAAGCCAAGCCAAGCAGUUCAGCCAAGAGCAAAAAAGAAGCAAAAUCAGCCCCCAGUGGAGGUGGAGACCUUUUGCUCGAUUUGGAUGAUUUAGCCGGAUCUGUUGCCUCUGGACCUGUAGGUUCGAGUCUGCCCUCGGGUGACCUUUUGACCCCGAUGGCAGCUGGCAGUGCCCCCUCUCCUGUGCCCACCUCAGCAGCCGAGUCCCAGCAAUCUAAUAUUGUCCAAGGGAUAUCUGUUCCUGUCAAGGAGUAUGAGCUGUUGAAUCGACUGAGCACAGGGGGCUUGACUGUCACCUAUAAGUACACCCGCACCAUUUCCGUCUUCUCACCCAAGAUGGUCUCCAUAGAACUUACUCUCACCAACGCGGGAGACGCACCCUUCACUGCAAUAAAGAUUGGAGACAAGAAAACCCAGCCAGGCAUGGAAAUUCACGAGUUCCCUGAAAUAUCAUCUCUUGGUGUGGGGUCAACCACUUCUGUUUUGAUGGGCAUCAAUUUCAACGACACAACACAGCCUGCGGGAUUCCAGCUAGCCAGUGAACAAAGGUCAUUCCCCAUCAACAUUUCCGCCCCAGUCGGUGAACUUAUGCAGCCCCACACCAUGGGGGAGAGCGACUUCAAGUCACAACAAGCAAAACUGGGAGGAAUGAACGAGAACAGAGAAAGCUGUGAUAUUCAUGAAGAGAAGCAGAGUCCUGAAGGAAUAUGUCGCUGUGUAUUGCAAGCGGCAAACCUUCUGCAGGUGCCGUCUGCUGAUCCAAACACAUACAACUUUGCUGCUCAUACUCUCGCCUCCUCUACACUGGUCCUGGCUUCAGUCAAAGUGACGGGGAAGACUGCAAAGGUCACAGUCAAUUGCGAGAAAAUGGUCAUUGGCACAAUGUUACUAAAGGAUCUAAAGCGCACACUUUCUUCUAAGUAAAGCAUGUUCGCACAUAUUUUUUAUGUCUUACUCAUUAUUUAAUUAUGUUCUGGCAUUGAAUUUUUGAUUGGUCUACUUUUUGCCAUUGCAAUUAUAACUACUCAAGACUGUCUUUUGCACAAUAGUUGCUAGUGGGGGAGACCUUUCGCUAAUUACUUGCUACUCUCAUUUUGUUCAUGCUGUUGGAAUUCAUGAUUACACUUGGCACCAAAUGUGUGACUAUAAUUGAGACGAAAUGAUUUGGGGGACCUGGCUUAGUGAAAUGUGAGAUUUUGCACAGUGCUUUCAUUUGAAAAGAACGGAGGACAUAGACCUAAUGAAAAGCAUGAAAAAAAUGCACUUUUAUGUGAAUAGAGUAGGGGGCUUGGACCAUCUUCAUAUAACUUAACGUUUGUCACUUUAAAUAUGGCCAUUAGUGACUGAUUUCCUUCAGUCUCUUAAAUGUUGAGAAUUGAAGAGAUGUGAAAUGACCAAGUGAUACUUUUUAUGAAGUUUGUUGUCAAAGGCUGUCUUCAUUCCCAUUAUAAUUGUAUUGUGGAAAGUACUUUUGUUAUUGAUGUUAUUUUUCAAGAGAACCUACAGACUGAUAAAUCUCUCUAUAUAAAUGUUUUUUGCGUAAAGGAACAACUUAUUGACUAAAAAGUUAUGUAAUUAUUUUUGUUCUUCUUGAAAUGAGCUAUUGGAGAGGAAAAACUUUAUCAUGUCUUGUUGUAUUUGACACAAAGUUUUGUUUGGGCUAGCCUAUGUAGUCUUUUCAAUUAUUGUUUUUCUUCAAAUUGUGUGUCUAAUGAGUAAUUUCAGCAUUGUCUUACCCAGAGUGGAUGGAAUGAUCCUUUAAGCUACUAUAGCUUAUUAUAUGAAGAGACUCAAGAGGAUGCUACAGAGUGUAGAACAUCGAUAGUUUCAUCACACUUGUCACCACCAGCAUUUUCUGGCACACAUAGGUCUAAUUUCUUACAUUCACCAUCAUCACAGAUCUUAAAGUUUAGAUUUAUGUGGCUCCAACACUGUUGUCUGUCCUGACGAAAUAAUGCUUGUCACCACUGCACAGAAAAGUAUUGAUUUGAACGUAUAAAUAUGGUGUCACAACUUGUUUGCCAUGAUUGAAAGGUUAGGGAACGAAAAUGCUUGUCACAAAGCAUGAUCUUGACUUGAGUCUUUUACCCAUAAAAUUCCCUGCUACAAAUUUUCUAGAAAACACCUGUUUCUUUUUCAUUUUCUGAAACCGGCAAAGCAAUGCUGACAAUGCUGAUAAUGCACCCUUUUCUUUCCUUCUUUAUAUUUUUUUGUAGCUACUGGAUCACAAGAAAUGGUUUCCGUUAUUCCGCACUUUGAAGUGGACCUGCGGGUUUUCUUCUUUUUCUUUCUUAUUUCUUUUUUUGUUGUAGAAAAUAAUCUUUUUUCUUUUGACAAUGCAUGGACUCUUCAAUUCCAGUGGUGUGUUCAAGAGAUGUAAUUGUUCCAUCAGUAUUUAUGUGGAAUAAAAUAUUAGUGUAUUGGAACCGUGCAUUUUGAUUUUGAUGGUUAUGUUACCCAGAAAAUGUUUAUGUGGAAUUGUUUUUGUAGAGUUGGGAGAUAAAGUUGAACUAUGAAUGUUUUGUUGAAUGAUGAUUGAAUAUUGAAGGCUGUGAGAUUUUUCAACAGUGUGGUUGACAAAUAUUUAAGGAAGAUAAUAGAAUUUUUUUAAAAUUAUAGUUUUUUUUUCUAAAUUGGGUCAUUUGUUGCGUUUUGGUUUGUUUUGUGUAGAAAUAACUAUCGAAAGGUCCAGGCUUUUUUUUCAGUAAAGUGGUGAUAUCAGUUAAUGAUCAUAAUUAAUUGUGUUUAGCCUGCUUGACGUCGUGGUACAAGAUUGUGUUGUCCUGAUCUGUGAAUUAAACUUAUUUUGCUGAUGUAUA